CCGUGACGUAAUUCCGGCCGGGGGGUGGGGGCGUCUUCUCCCGGAAAUAGCCUAAGCCUCAGCUCCUGGCGGAGAGAGCCGCCCUGCGAAUUUCAGCAUGACUGUUCUGGUGAGGUCAGGUGUGGGGCCGCUGUGUGCCGUGGCGCGUGCAGCCAUUCCUUCUAUUUGGAGAGGGAAAUACUUCAGCUCCGGGAAUGAACCUGCAGAAAACAACCCGGUGACGCCGAUGCUGCGGCAUCUUAUGUACAAAAUAAAGUCUACUGGUCCCAUCACUGUGGCCGAGUACAUGAAGGAGGUGUUGACUAAUCCAGCCAAGGGUUAUUAUGUAUACCGUGACAUGCUAGGCAAACAAGGAGAUUUCAUUACUUCACCUGAAAUAAGUCAGAUCUUUGGGGAGCUACUAGGGAUAUGGUUCAUUAGUGAAUGGAUGGCCACUGGAAAAAGCACAGCUUUCCAGCUGGUGGAACUGGGCCCAGGUAGGGGAACCCUCGUGGGAGAUAUUUUGAGGGUGUUCACUCAACUUGGAUCUGUGCUGAAAAACUGUGACAUUUCAGUACAUCUGGUAGAGGUAAGCCAAAAAUUAAGUGAGAUUCAAGCAUUGACACUGACUGAAGAGAAGGUCCCGUUAGAGCGAAAUGCUGGAUCCCCAGUGUAUAUGAAAGGUGUCACUAAGUCUGGGAUUCCAAUUUCCUGGUACCGACAUCUGCACGAUGUUCCAAAAGGAUACAGCUUUUAUCUUGCACAUGAAUUUUUUGAUGUUCUUCCUGUGCAUAAAUUUCAGAAGACACCACAGGGAUGGCGAGAAGUAUUCAUUGACAUUGAUCCACAGGUUUCUGAUAAACUGAGGUUUGUUUUGGCACCUUCUGCCACCCCAGCAGAAGCCUUCAUACAACAUGAUGAAACAAGGGAUCACGUUGAAGUGUGUCCUGAUGCUGGUGUUAUCAUUGAGGAACUUUCUCAACGCAUUGCAUUAACUGGAGGUGCUGCACUGGUUGCUGAUUAUGGUCAUGAUGGAACAAAGACAGAUACCUUCAGAGGGUUUUGUGGCCACAAGCUUCAUGAUGUCUUAAUUGCCCCAGGAACAGCAGAUCUAACAGCUGAUGUGGACUUCAGUUAUUUACGAAGAAUGGCACAGGGAAAAGUAGCCUCUCUGGGCCCAAUAAAACAACACACAUUUUUAAAAAAUAUGGGUAUUGAUGUCCGGCUGAAGGUUCUUUUAGAUAAAUCAAAUGAGCCAUCAGUGAGGCAGCAGUUACUUCAAGGAUAUGAUAUGUUAAUGAAUCCAAAGAAGAUGGGAGAGAGAUUUAACUUUUUUGCCUUGCUACCUCAUGAGAGACUUGAAGGUGGAAGACAUCAGAGGAAUGCACGUCAGUCAAAACCCUUUGCAUCCCUUGUAGCUGGGUUUAGUGAACUUGCUUGGCAGUGAUAUUUCAGCUUGGACAUUUUCCCCUUCAGUCGGCCCAAGAAAUCAAAAUAAAGGAAACACAUUUCAUACACUGCA